CUUUCACAGGGGCACCAGUGGACAGCAUCAGUGCACCUUUAGGCUGUAACAUGGGCUGCCAGUUCCUGCAUUCAGGAGAGAACUGAGUUGUGCCCCUCUGCUCUUAUCCUUUCUGAAACCAACAUGUCACUGAAAAAUGAAUCAAAGGUAAACACAUCUGCACUGAAGAAAAUUGCUGCUGACAUGAGUGAUUUGAUAGAUAAUCUAGACACACGAGAGCUCCACUUUGAUGGAGAGGAGGUGGAGUUUGAUGUGUCACCAAGUGAUCCCAAGACACAGGAAGAGAGUAUCCCAUUCUCUGCUAUUUAUGAGACUCAAGGAUUUAAGGAACCUAACAUACAGACCUACCUCUCCGGCUGUCCAGUGAAAGCUCAAGUUCUCGAAGUGGAGCGCUUUACAUCCACAACAAAGGGACCAAGUAUCAAUCUUUACACUAUUGAAUUAACACAUGGGGAAUUUAAAUGGCAAGUGAAGAGGAAAUACAAGCACUUUGAAGAAUUUCACAGAGAGCUGCUCAAGUACAAAGCCUUCAUCCGUAUCCCCAUUCCCACCAAAAGACACACAUUUAGAAGACAAAAUGUCAAAGGGGAGGAGCCUCGAGAGAUGCCAAGUUUGCCCCGUUCAUCUGAAAACAGGGACAGAGAGGAACAGUUCUACAGUAAAAGGAAACAGCUAGAAGACUACUUGACAAAAUUACUGAAAAUGCCAAUGUAUAAAAAUUAUUAUGCAACAACAGAAUUUCUUGAUAUAAGCCAGCUGUCAUUCAUCCAUGAUUUGGGACCAAAGGGCAUAGAAGGAAUGAUAAUGAAAAGAUCUGGAGGACACAGAAUACCUGGUUUGAAUUGUUGUGGUCACGGAAGAGCCUGCUACCGGUGGUCAAAAAGGUGGCUGAUAGUGAAAGAUUCCUUUUUACUGUAUAUGAAGCCAGACAGUGGUGCUAUAGCGUUCGUCCUGUUGGUGGAUAAAGAAUUCAGCAUUAAGGUGGGAAGGAAGGAAACAGAGACAAAAUAUGGAGUCCGAAUUGAUAGUCUUUCGAGGACACUUAUUCUAAAAUGCAACAGCUAUAGACAUGCUCGGUGGUGGGGAGGAGCUAUCGAAGAAUUCAUCCAGAAACAUGGCACCAACUUUCUCAAAGAGCAUAGAUUUGGUUCCUAUGCUGCUAUCCAAGAGAACACUUUAGCAAAAUGGUAUGUUAAUGCCAAAGGAUACUUUGAAGAUGUGGCCAAUGCCAUGGAAGAGGCAAAGGAAGAGAUUUUUAUCACCGAUUGGUGGUUGAGUCCAGAAAUCUUCAUGAAACGCCCAGUGGUUGAAGGAAAUCGUUGGAGGUUGGACUGCAUUCUUAAACGAAAAGCACAACAGGGGGUGAGGAUCUUCAUAAUGCUGUACAAAGAGGUAGAACUUGCUCUUGGAAUCAACAGUGAAUACAGCAAAAGAACUUUAAUGCGUCUGCACUCUAACAUAAAGGUGAUGAGGCACCCCGAUCAUGUGUCGUCCUCUGUUUAUCUUUGGGCUCAUCAUGAGAAACUUGUUAUCAUUGACCAGUCUGUGGCUUUUGUUGGUGGCAUUGACCUGGCCUAUGGAAGGUGGGAUGAUAAUGAGCACAGACUCACAGACGUGGGCAGUGUGAAGCGUGUUGCUGUGGGGCCAAUCCUGAGUUCCCUCUCGGUUGAAACAACAGAGUCCAUGGAAUCUUUAAACCUCAAACAUAAAAAUGAACCCAGCAAAAAUCUGCCCAAUCUGAAGAGUGGUGAUGAAAUGGAUUCAAAACUGAAAGGAAUAGGAAAGCCUAGUAAAUUCUCCAAAUUUAGUCUCUACAAGCAGCUUUACCGACACCAGAUGCACAAUGCAGACAGCGUCAGCAGCAUUGACAGCAUCUCCAGUUAUUGUAAUCACUGUAGAAGUCGUCAGCAUUUAAUCCAUGGUCUAAAACCCCACUUGAAACUCUUUCGCUCUUCCAGUUGUUCUGAGCAGGGGCUUGGUAGACCUAACACGGACACCAGCUCCAUCCGCAGUUUGCAGACUGGCGUGGGAGAGCUGCACGGGGAGACCAGGUUCUGGCAUGGAAAGGACUAUUGCAAUUUUGUCUUCAAAGACUGGGUGCAACUUGACAAACCUUUCGCUGAUUUCAUAGACAGGUACACCACUCCCCGGAUGCCCUGGCAUGACAUCGCCUCUGCGGUCCAUGGGAAGGCAGCUCGUGACGUGGCACGUCACUUCAUUCAGCGCUGGAACUUCACCAAGAUUAUGAAACCAAAAUAUCGAUCCCUUUCUUAUCCUUUUCUGCUUCCAAAAUCUCAAACAACAGCCCACGAAUUGAAAUACCAAGUGCCUGGGUCUGUCCAUGCUAACGUGCAGUUGCUCCGCUCUGCAGCUGACUGGUCUGCUGGUAUAAAGUACCAUGAAGAGUCCAUCCACACGGCUUACAUCAAUGUGAUAGAGAAUAGCAAGCACUACAUCUACAUAGAAAACCAGUUUUUCAUAAGCUGUGCUGAUGACAAAGUUGUGUUCAACAAGGUUGGAGAUGCCAUUGCCCAGAGGAUACUGAAAGCCCACAGGGACGGCCAGAGAUACCGGGUGUAUGUUGUGAUACCACUUCUGCCAGGCUUUGAAGGAGACAUUUCAACCGGUGGAGGAAAUGCUCUACAGGCAAUAAUGCACUUCAACUACAGAACCAUGUGCAGAGGAGAAAAUUCCAUCCUUGGACAGUUAAAAGCAAAACUUGGUAACCAGUGGAUAAAUUACAUAUCAUUCUGUGGCCUUAGAACACACUCAUCACUUGAAGGAAACCUAGUCACUGAGCUCAUCUAUGUCCACAGCAAGUUGCUAAUUGCUGAUGACAACACUGUUAUUAUCGGCUCUGCCAACAUAAAUGACCGAAGCAUGCUGGGAAAGCGAGACAGUGAAAUGGCUGUUAUAGUGCAGGACACAGAGAUGGUGCCUUCGGUGAUGGAUGGAGAAGAGUACCAGGCUGGCCGGUUUGCCCAAGGACUUCGGCUUCAGUGCUUUAGGGUUGUCCUUGGCUAUCUUUCUGACCCAAGUGAGGACAUUCAGGAUCCAGUGAGUGACAAAUUCUUUAAGGAAGUGUGGGUGUCAACGGCAGCUCGAAAUGCUACAAUUUAUGAUAAGGUGUUCCGGUGCCUCCCCAGCGAUGAAGUACACAAUUUAAAUCAGCUGAGAGAGUUCAUCAACAAGCCUAUACUAGCAAAGGAAGAUCCCACUCGAGCUGAGGAAGAACUGAAAAAGAUCCGUGGCUUCUUGGUGCAAUUCCCCUUUUAUUUUUUGGCUGCAGAAUGCCUGCUACCUUCUGUUGGAUCUAAAGAAGCCAUAGUGCCCAUGGAGGUUUGGACUUAAGAGCUGUAUUUGUUUUGCAACUCAAGAACAUCCUGAAGAGUGCAUUGCACACAGUGACCUUUGGAAACCUAAAGCCAAAGCCAGCACCCAAGCACUCUUGUACCCAAGCAUGGGCCCUUUGGAUGCCAGGCAGCACUGCAGUCUUGCUGAUUAAGUACACACAGUAUGGUAGGGCUGUCAUUCCUGGCCCUGUCCUUGUGUGAAAGGGACUGAGUACUUAUGGAUAGCACACACUCAACACCUUUACCACAGAUGCAGAUUCCGUGAUGUGCACCAAAGGGCAUUUCCUUUGCUAACAGGAAUUUAACUGUAACUAUCAUCUAAUUUGCUAAGAAUUGUCUGAACCUCCUUAUUCUUCUCUGACCUUCAUUUAUGCAGCUGAUGUCUGUGGACCUGCCCUCUCCUCAUGGUCCAUAAAGACACUGUUUACGAUAGUUUAUUGCCCAAAGAUGUUGUGAUGUUGCUUUGAGCUUCUCGGGGCCCCUUGGGCUGCCUUGCCCUCAGGUUUGGUAGGAUGUGGCCACUAAUUCAGUGACUGCAAGGACAGGACAGAUGCUGUGAACACAGCAGCCCUUGUCAGGUGUUUCUAAUGACAUUGACAUUAUAUAUUUUGACACCGCAGUGCAACAGGAAGGAAUUACAUUCGGUUAUUGAGGCAGAGAUUUAAUUGUGCCUUCAAAGACAGACAAGAUGUAUCAUUUUGAUAGGGCCCUCUGAUCACAUUUGAACAUGUGUUUAGGAUGUUUUAUUACAAAGGAGAUGACAAACUCAAAGACAGAGCAUGCAGCCUUCAGAAACCUCCAACGGGGUGGUGGGAUCUUAUCCAGAUAAGAAAGGGAGAUUCCUUCUAGUCCCAUAAAAUUUACUGUCAUCUUCAGCUGCUGGAUUGAUUAAAAUUUGAGUCUGCAUUUCAAAAUCAAACCGAGAAAGCAAUUUGUCUUGCAAGAGAAUCAGUUAUCAGUUCUUUCAUCACUCCUACCAAGUUAAUAAGUCUAACCUUAUUUGACAUUCAACUCUCCGCUACUUUUAUCUUCUUUAGGAAAAAAUUAACUGAUUAUAAAAUACAUGCUACUUUGCUUGUAGAAUUAAUAAUUAAUCAUCAUUAAUAUACAUUAACAUUCCACCAAGGCUUCUGAAGAGAUGAGAAUAUUUAUUAAUUCACUUUGUCCUACUGUCUGUGAAUUGUUCUGGAAAUAUAUUUCCUUUUUGGAUGUUAGCAUACUAUUUGGUAUAUCAUAGCUCUCAUUUUACUAGUCAACGGUCCUUAAAGCCUAAAGAGCUAAUGUGUUUCUCAAAUGACCUGUACCCUUCAAACUUGGUGUUGGUGGCAUGAUUACGUGUCUGUGGAUUACCUACAUGGAAUCUCGUUUGGAUUUUCUUAAAAACAAAACAAAACUGAAGACCCAACUCUUGUUUUCAUGGAGCUAAUAGUGCUGUGGGAAGACUAAAAAGAACCCAAAGUUGAUGAUCUGGGUUAACAGGAGAAAGACCAGGUCAUAUCCAAGGCAGGACUUCACAGCUAGAGCAUUUCACAAAUAAGGUGGGAUCAUGUAACCAACAAUUAAAAUAAAUGUGCUUUUAUUUAUGGGUAAAUUAUUUCUUGGAUGACUGAGAUAUUUGCUAUUUAUGAAAAUUGUAUGGAAUAACCAAGGAUUUCUUAUAUAUUUUUUUAAAAUUCUAUCAUUUUUAUUGAGCUAACAUUGUUUUACAAUGUGUAUGAUUUAGAGGUAUUGGUUCACACAGCUUCAUGCAGUUGGCACACCACAACUACCAACCAUUAUCUUCCACCACAUGCCCCUGGGCCCCAGUUUUUUAAAAUAUAGAACAGUCAACAGAGUGGCUCUCAACUUCAUGUAAGAUGCCUCUAUGAAAACAAUUGAAAAUAAAAAUAUGAAAAGGCCCAUUCUCCUAUUAAAAAAAUUACUUAAUCCAAAGGCCACUUAAUCUGCAUUGUAUAAAUGAUAAAAUGAGAUCCAGAUAGGUUGAAGUACACUUCAGUUUACCCACCUUUGAGAUGGCCAAGUUGAAACUAAUGAAACCAUCCCAAAGUCCAUGGCUGGCCUUUUUCACUUCAUCACUACCCAAAAUGAGGAAUUGCAGCAAGUGGAGAUAUUCCGAGAGGAUAUCUUAGACCUGGUGAUAUUGAGCAUUUGUGCUUUCCCGUGUCUUCCUACUAGAGCGUAAGUCUUCCGGAGCAGGGACUUUCACUUGCAGUGUACCCCGAGAGCCUGGAACCAUGCUUGGUACAUAAGUAAAUGUUGAAAGUCAAUGUCAGAUGAAUAAACAAGGUGGAGAAGAGAAGUAGUGAGUGAAAUGAAACUCUUAAGGUGUUUCAGGCAUAGAAGCUGCUGGUUUCUGUAGCAUUUUCCCCCUACUGCCUCUUCUGAAGGGCAAGAUAUUCAUCCCCAAAGAUGAGAAGCCACAAGUUUUACUUAGAUGGACUUUAUGGAAAAAUUUAGUGCCUUAAUUGCCUGUUUUGCAAUAACAGUCUACAUAAUGCAGCAUUCUGCAAAACUCACAUGAUGUGUGGACACAAGAUGUACUACCCAAUGUCCAGUGACCCACACUGUCUGACACAACUGCUACCAGUUCAAGUUCAAAGAACUUAUCUUUAAUAUUACCAUAUUAAUCUUUAAUAUCACAAUAUCUGAUAAACUUUAAAAUGUAAUUCAAAACCUUGGAAAAGUACAAUAAAUCUGUUCAACCUUUUAAAUUCACUGUCAUAUUUUGAAAUGUCUAUAAAUGCUAAAUCUCACAGUCUGAUAAUCUUUGUAAUAAUUGUUAUUUUCAAGAAGGAAAUGUCUGGGAUUGUAAGAUAUAAAGGGUAGAAAGUCAUCAUAGCCUAUUUUGGCCAAAUGUAGUUGUUGGAAUAUCCUUUUAACAUACCAGGUCUGGUACAGACAUUGCCUUUGUAUCAAGUAUCUGCCCAACAACUCUUUCACGGGAUGCUGUGAAAUAUAUCAUAGAAUUGUCUGGAGAGCUGGUCUUUAAAUAACUGAAUGACAUACUGUAAAACAAAGUACUGGUUUUAUUUUAAUAGCAUCUUUGGAGAAAAUUUUGUUUAUAUAUAUCACAAAACCUAAGCAGUUAAUCUAUGGAAUGAUGUGGGAAAUUAUCAUACAUCAUGAAUUAACAGUCUCCCAGAAGAAAACAGUAAGCAGCAAUUUUGCAGACCACACAAUGCAGAAUUUAUGUCUGUCAUGAAGAAUUUGUACUUCUUUCUGCAUCAUCUCAUUUAUUCCUUGAACCUACAUCUCCAGCCAGAACAGGAGUUGUUCUCCUUAAUAUGUAAACCAUUUCAGAGGACGAAAAAAAAGUUUUUCUGGAAC